CAGGACAGGACAGCAUUAGUGGAGAAGACAAGGAAGCUAGAUUCCCGGGUGACCCGGAAGCUAGAUUCGCUCACCCCAUUCUCCCAAACCAGGGCAGAGACUGUCCUGUGACCAGCGGAGACCAGUGCCAGGAGCAAGGGCAGGCUCGGCUGCAGCGUUCAGCUUCCCAGAGCUCUGCCAUUGCAGUCACUGCCCCCAACCCCGGGAGGCCGCAGCAGCGCUACCAGCUUGUACGAAGAAACCCCGUUGGCACAGGUUUUUCUGCAACCAUGUCUUCCAUCAAGAUUGAGUGUGUUUUACGUGAGAACUGCAGGUGUGGGGAGUCUCCAGUAUGGGAGGAAGCAUCCAACUCUCUGCUGUUCGUAGACAUCCCUGCAAAGAAAGUUUGUCGAUGGGAUUCACUCAGCAAGCAAGUGCAACGAGUGGCUGUGGAUAUUGUCUUUACCACUGCAGAUGCCCCAGUCAGCUCAGUGGCACUUCGACAGUUGGGAGGCUAUGUUGCCACCAUUGGAACCAAGUUUUGUGCUUUGAACUGGGAAGAUCAAUCAGUAUUUGUCCUAGCCAUGGUGGAUAAAGAUAAGACAAACAAUCGAUUCAACGAUGGGAAGGUGGAUCCUGCUGGGAGAUACUUUGCUGGCACCAUGGCUGAGGAAAUAGCCCCAGCAGUUCUUGAACGACGCCAAGGGUCCUUGUAUUCCCUCUUUCCUGAUCACAAUGUGAAGAAAUACUUUGACCAAGUGGACAUCUCUAAUGGUUUGGAUUGGUCCCUGGACCAUAAAAUUUUCUACUAUAUUGACAGCCUGUCCUACUCUGUGGAUGCCUUUGACUAUGACCUGCAAACAGGACAGAUUGCCAACCGCAGAAUUGUUUACAAGAUGGAGAAAGAGGAACAAAUCCCAGAUGGAAUGUGCAUUGAUGCUGAAGGAAAGCUCUGGGUGGCCUGUUACAAUGGGGGAAGAGUAAUUCGCCUCGAUCCUGAGACAGGGAAAAGACUCCAAACUGUAAAGUUGCCUGUUGAUAAAACAACUUCAUGCUGCUUCGGAGGAAAGGAUUACUCUGAAAUGUAUGUAACCUGUGCAAGGGACGGGAUGGAUGCUGAAGGCCUUUUGAGGCAGCCUGAUGCUGGUGGCAUUUUCAAGAUAACUGGUCUUGGGGUCAAAGGAAUUGCCCCAUAUUCCUAUGCAGGGUGAACAACAGCUAUUCCUUGCUGUCAGAAGAAAAGCUUUGAAGACAACUGGAGAAUUAAGGGACUUAAAUCAAUGAAAUUUAAAUCUAGGGUUUUUUAAUGAGGCAAUGAUAUUAUAGCAGGGUUAAGCUUUAAUUUAUAAUUUUGGCUGGGUGCUGGGAAAUAAACCUAGUGUGUGGCAUAUUAAUUAAGAACAUAUACUUAACAAUGAACUACAUCCCUAGUCUUUUUUUAAGGUAGAUAUUUUCACAGAGAAUAAGUGACUUUGAUAGCACACUCUAGACCUUCUACUAAAAAACAAUCCUGUAGAAAUGCAAAAGGUCAUUCAACUAUGAAUCAGCCUGAUGACUGUAAAUUGCUCUGGGGUUGAAAUGGGACUGUAUCCACUGUUUUUCUGCAUCCCAUACUUGCUGUCCCCAAAGCUUCGAAAAAUUAAUGCAUAGAAACUUGGUGAUGAUUUAUAAUGAUUAUAUGACUCUUCCUGUGUGUUAUUUUACAAACUAAAAUACUGUCAGAAGAGAUUCAAACACCAUGGCACAAGCUGUGGUUCUAACUGCCACCUACUGGAUAUAAAAAUAAGUAUAUCACAUUGCAAGGAA